AUGAGUGGACAUCAAAGAACAAGAUCCAGAUCUAGAGAAAGAAGAGAUGAUCAAGACUCUAAUCAUCCAAUAGGGGCUGUGGUUGCCCAGGAGCCACCCAGUGAUGACCAACUUCAACAACAGGAACCACUAAUUGAAAGUCAGGAUUAUACACCUGGUCAAGAGAGAGACGAGGGAGCACUGGAGUUCCAAGUGCUAGACCUGGCAGCCUAUCUCUGGGAACUGACUCGGUCAAAGACUGGGGGUGAACGUGGAGAUGGUCCUAAUGUCAAGGGAGAAUUUCUGCCAAAUCUCGAGCCUGUUAAAAUACCAGAAGCAGGUGAAGGGCCACCAUCGGUUUAA